GGUUUAUUAGAAGUUAAGAAGAAAGAUGAGUAGUAAGAGAAUUGUGAAUCAAGCGUUUUUGGAUAAAUUUAAGGAUAAGAUACAGAAGAUGAACAGGGCAGGAGACUUGUUCUUCAAAAGCAGCUCUUCAGAAGACAAAAAGACAGCAGCAAAUAGCAUUAAGUCUGGAAGGGAGAAAUCAAGGAAUUAUUACAGGAUUUUUCAGAAAAGUGAACAGAGCACCACAAUUACUUCUUCUUUCGUACAAAAGAAACCGAAGGAGAACAAGAAGAGGAGCCAUGAUGAAAAAUUAGAAAUAUCUACAAAGAUUGAGCCAAGAAGAGAAUCCAACCAACCAUUGAGCUUUUUGUCUCUUCCAAAGAUAAGCAAGAAUGAUAUCUUACAGAAGGCUAAGAACCUUCGCCUCAAAGUUGGCCAGAGCAUGAACAUCUCUUCAAUGGAUUUCCAAGAAGUCACGGGGAGCCCCAAAGAUGCCCAGAGAGGCCAAGGAGUCAUUGAAAUGCGACUGAAGUUGAGGUAUCUCAAGGAUUCUAAGAAAUCACAAAGUAAACUUAGCUCGGACUCAUCUUUAAAUCCAAAGACUGGUAGGACUAAGUAUACCAACUCUAUAUUAAGAAGAGAAAGGAAGAAAAUUGAGUCUUCCCCUCAGAAAACCCAAAGAGGGGUUUUAGAAAGAGGAAAUAAAAAGAAAGGACUUCUUCCAAACUUGAGAAGAGCUAAUCUAAAGACUUAUCUCAAUGGAUUUGAGACUUUUGGCAAGCUAGUAACCCCAACGGGUAAAAAGAUGAAACUGAUAAAAUCCAAAAACCUUACCAAGAGAGCAAAUAGUUUGAACAGAAGUGCUCUUAGGACUCCGAGAUUUGAACCUUACGAUCCCUCAAAAGAUGAGGGUUCCCCGAUUUCCAGAUCAAUAUCAGACUGUAAUGUAAAUAUGGUAUCUAUGCCUGCAAAUAUUUCUAACAAGAGUCGAAAGAAGCGACUAGUAAUUGGCCUGAAAAAGUAGGCUACACAAAUCGGAUGGCUUUUCUCCAUGUUGUUCUGAACUAAUUCGUUGAUAUCUCCAAUCUC